AUGCCACCCUCCCGCGCACUCGCCGGAGGCGUGGCCUUCCUCUCCUCGGCAGCUCGCGGAUCCCGCGUCGCGACGUCUGUCCUGCGUCAAUUCACAACAACGAGCGCACCGGAGUACAGGCAACCGAGCGGCCCCCAGACGCGCGAGCUGCCCAUCCCGUCACCGUCGGCCCAGCACCUCGAGAUCCCCGCGUACCCUUUUGGACCGCGGGCGACGUACAAGCAGUCCAACAAGGGUCUGUACGGGUCCGCGUCGAUCCGGUUCGGCAACAACGUGUCGGAAAAGUACAACGUCAAGACGCGGCGCAAGUGGCGGCCCAACGUGCAGACGCGGCGGCUCUACUCGGAGUCGCUGGGCCAGAUGAUCAGGACCCGCGUCACGACCAGGGUGCUGCGGACCAUCGACAAGGUCGGCGGCCUCGACAACUACCUGCUCGGCACAAAGACCCAGAGGCUCAAGGACCUGGGCCCCUGGGGCUGGAGGCUCAGGUGGCGCAUCAUGCAGACGCCAAAGGUCCAGGCCUUGUUUGCCCGCCAGCGCGAGGAGCUGGGCCUGCCGCCUCAGGGAGCCGUGGAGGAGGUCCUGCCCGAGGGGGAGACGGCCGAGAGCCUCAUGAGGCAAACGGAUGAGAUGAUUGGUCGCGAGGAGGAGUUUGAGAUUGGCGAACAGGAGGCCGAGGCCAAGGUGGAUGUUGUGCCAGAUAACUUCAUGGCCGAGAAGAAGAGGCCGAGCGGCGCAGAGGUGAAGAACCUGUAG